CACACAUACACAGAUCCUCAUCCUCCAUUCCUCCGGUACACACAUCGAUCACGCAAAGCAAGGCACGAGUGCGUAGUACGCACGCACGGACGUACUCCGUUGAGAGCUCGGAAGGCUAAUUGGUGAUGGGGCGCCACAGCAGCAGCGGCAAGCCGGAGGCUGGCGGCGAGCAGUACCGGAAGGAGGAGAAGCAUCACAAGCACAUGGAGAACCUGGCCAAGCUCGGCGCCGUCGCCGCCGGAGCAUACGCUAGGCACGAGAAGCACGAGGCGAGGAAGGACCCGGAGCACGCAAGGUCGCACAAGAUCAAGGAGAAGAUCGCCGCCACGGUCGCGGCCGGCAGCGCGGGAUUCGCCAUACACGAGCACCACAAGAAGAAAGAGGCCAAGAAGAACGCUCGUCAUGCCCACCGCCACUGAUACACUCAUGGAUGCAUAUGCACACAUAGACCCUAGCUAGUUAUCUUAUACAGUAUAUCUUAUAUGUACGGCCGGUUACAUUCAUUCAUUUUGUUGUCUUGUUCCAUAGUAUUGAAUUGCUGUUUGGUAUGUGUAUUCUCGUGACAUAGUCGUAUAGUAUGUUGGUACAUUCUUGUAGUCCAUGUUUGGGCACAUCUCCUCUAAUAAUAAUCUACACGCCUUCUUUUC